AUGGAAUUAAAGCAGGCGCGGCAAGUGGACGAACUAACCAAGAGGUUAGGCUUGUUGGCAGAGAAUGUUGAAAGGAACGGAGACACUGCACGUCUUGCUUGCCAUCCAGAGAAGGAGAGAGGGCUGGAGGAAGGAAGGUACAGGCUCCAUCAGCAUCAUAAGGCGCACACGUUGGCUAUCAGCAGAUACUGUGAACAGCAGCAACUUGUCGCUGUAGCUAGUCCUGGAACCUGGGAAGUGAACGGCAAUGGCAAUGUGCACUGCGUGGAGAAACAGUACUGUUCAUGCGACGAGAAGGUAAGUUCAACAAUCACUGCCAGAGACCAGUGUGGAGCAUGCCCCUACGAUUUCGCUUGCAGUUGUUCUAUGGAUGAGAAAAGUGGGGUUAGCUGUGUGCAUGUCCAUGCAGCUCUGUUGUACGCAGCAGCAGGAUAUCGCUCGCGGCAAUAUGCAUUACCCUCAGUAGUAAGUAGAAAGGCUGAAGAUGGACCGUAUAGCAGCGAUGGAGAUGAAGAGGUUAUAGAGGUAGUAGUGGAAGACCAUGUGGAGAACGAGAAGGAGUGCACGCAAAUGGGUUUGGAGGAGGCGAAAAGCAGGUUGGAGGAGUUCCGUAAAAUGAUAGAUGAUUUGGCAAGAAAUGUUGAAGAGAGCGAGAAUAAUGUUCGCCUUGCUCGCCAUCCAGAGCACGUCCACUUACGCAAAGCAGAGCAAGCUAAGCGAAAGCCAGUCCUGGAUGUUCCGGACUGUGCGCAAGACGAGAAGGACGCGUGUGCUGUAUGCCUUCGGAUACAACCAAUCAGUAGCAGCACAAACCACCAAAUUUGUUGGAUUCAGUGUCCAACAUGCGAGGAUUGA